AUGUCGGACACAGAAGAAGUUGUGGAGGAGUAUGAAGAGCCCCAUGGGGGUGGCCAUUCUCAUUUUGACACUGUCUAUAGGGAUUCAGAUUACAGCCAUCACUUUGGGAGCAGAGGAACUUGGGAGUUUGGCGGGAUGAGAUUUCAAGGUCAUGGCAGGAAGAAGUUCUGCCUUGAAACUCACUCAUCUCUCCUUUUUUUCUCUUCUCUUUUUCUCUUCCACAUAGAAGAGGCUGAGGAAGAAGAGGAAGAUUGGCUAGAGGACGAGGACGAGCAAGAGCAGGCUGCUGAAGAGGAGGAGGCUGAGCCAGAGGCCGAGGAGUCCAAGGUAGAAGAGGCAGAACAAGAAGAAGAAGAAGAAGUUAAAGAAGUGGAAGAUGGCCCAGUGGAGGAGUCUAAACCCAAGCCCAAGCCAUUCAUGCCCAACCUGAUACCACCGAAGAUCCCUGAUGGGGAGAGAGUGGAUUUCGAUGACAUCCACCGGAAGCGCAUGGAGAAGGACCUGAAUGAACUGCAGACGCUGAUCGAGGCUCACUUUGAGAAUCGGAAGAAGGAAGAGGAGGAGCUCAUCUCCCUGAAGGAUAGGAUUGAGAAUAGAAGGGCUGAGCGAGCAGAACAACAGCGUAUCCGGAGUGAACGGGAAAAGGAGCGCCAGAACCGGUUGGCGGAAGAAAAAGCCAGACGAGAGGAAGAAGAGAACCGGCGGAAGGCUGAAGAUGAUGCUCGGAAAAAGAAAGCCCUCUCUAACAUGAUGCACUUUGGUGGUUACAUUCAGAAGACAGAGCGAAAGACUGGCAAAAGGCAGACAGAGAGGGAGAAGAAAAAGAAGAUCUUGGCAGAGAGGAGGAAGGUCUUGUCUAUUGACCACCUGAAUGAAGAUCAGCUGAGGGAGAAGGCGAAGGAUCUAUGGCAAACUAUCUACAAUCUAGAGGCAGAGAAAUUUGACCUACAGGAGCGAUUCAAGCAACAGAAGUAUGAAAUCAAUGUUCUCCGGAAUAGGAUCAAUGAUAACCAGAAAGUCUCCAAGACCCGAGGGAAAGCCAAAGUCACUGGGCGCUGGAAAUAGAGGAGAGGCAGGGCUACCUCCUUGGCGGAGAGGUUACAAGGGCUCGAAGGGCCCCAGGCUUCUUCACCGUUGGAUCAACCUGCUAAAUGUUUCUCUACUCCUCUGUGGUGUCAUUGCCCCAUUGUGUCCCUGACUCUUUUGGUCCUCUCUGGAGACCAAAGAAAACGUUGAACCUGAAUGCAUAGAGCUAGCCCAAGUGGGUGGCUUUUUCCCCCUUCCCCAGACACACACACACACACACACACACACACACACACACACACACACACACAAUGCCUCUAAUAAAAGUCAACACAGACUAAA